GAUGGCAUGUGGCGAAGUCCCCAGGCUCUGUUGCAGUUGGCCUCAAACAUCAGUCGGAGAGAGGCCUCUGGGGCAGUGCACCCAGGGAGGCGCCCACUCUUACGUGCACAUUGAAUGUUGUGAGGUGAGGUGUGAACGCGCAGGACCCAGAGCAGUGCCUUCUUCACAGCCUCUGGCCUCGGUUGGCAGGUUCCCUAGGGCUUCGAGGAUCAUAGGGCAGUAUUGGCCUUGCUGCCCUCCUAUACAGAACAUGUACAAUUUCAGCAGCAAGAGUAAAAGAUGGGGUCUGUCUGUCCAGCUAGCAGGCACGGUUCCACAACCACUGCUCCGGCACUAGUGGUACUGUGGUGACUCAGGAAGGCAGAAGGUUGCCCGCCUGGCUCCCCUGAUCCUCCUUCUAGGAGACUCAUCACCUCACACAGGACAUCAGGAUCUCGUGUGCUUACUGCCUGCGGUCUGCCCUUCCCACUAGGUCACCUUGACGGGGGCUCAGUAAGUGCUUGUCCAGCAGUCCAAAGACACACUGUGGUGAGACACAAAUGGCUAAGAAGCACGUGACCAGGACAGCAGCUUGAGAACUGCACCGUGGGGGUCUGAGGAAACCUGCCACACUGGGUGGGGAAGGGGUAGGAGGGCUUGUCUGGAAGGCAGACCAGCCAGCCUUGGGAAGAAGUCUGUUCUAGGGCGUGGGACUCCAAGCAGAGCAGGGGAGAUCCCAGCUCUCUUCUCCAACUCUUUCCAUUCCUUCUGACGGUGGGAAAAAGGAACUUAGCAGCCGACUUAAUAGAGGCCUUUGUGUAUUUCAGUUCCUCUUGGAAAUGGAUGACUCAGAGACAGAUUUCAACCUGAAAGUGGUCCUGGUCAAUUUCAAGCAGUGCCUCAAUGAGAGCGAGGAGAUCCUGAUAGACCACUACCUCAGUGGCUGGCGGGGGCUGGUGAAGUUUCUGAACAGUCUGGGCACCAUCUUCUCCUUCAUCUCCAAGGACGUGGUUGCAAAGCUGCAGAUCAUGGAGCAGUUGCGCCGCAGCCCGCAGGGUGAAAAUUACAUCAACCUGCAGUCCAUGGUGGCCUAUGAGGUUGGCCACCAGCUGGUGGACCUGCAACGGCGGGCCGGCCACCCCAAUUCGGGCUGCCGCACCUUGCUGCGGCUACACCGCGCCCUGCGCUGGCUGCAGCUCUUCCUGGAGGGGCUGCGGGCCAGCCCCGAGGACGCCCGCACCUCCAUGCUCUGCACCGACUCCUACAAUGCCUCGCUGGCUGCCUACCACCCCUGGGUCGUGCGCCAGGCCGUCACCAUGGCCUUCUGUACCCUGCCCACGCGCAAAGUCUUCCUGGAGUCCAUGAAGGCGGGGCCUCCCGAGCAGGCCGUGGCGAUGUUGGACGAGGCGCUGCCUUUCCUGGAGCGGGUUUACGAGAUCACUCAGCAGCUCUAUGCGGACCACGCACUGCUGGACCUGCCCUAGUGCAUGGGUGGGUCUGCACAGGACCUCGAGCUGUAUCCUCCCUCACGCCUGGCAGACGGACCAAGGAGCAGGCGCUGGCCAUCCACUCCCAUCCUGUCCUGGUUAGGCAGUGGCUGUCCAUGUAACCUGGCUGUCUCAGCAGGCACCUGGUUUACAGUGACUGACAGCGGAACAGAAAGGCAAUCCAGGGUGGAAGAGGGAUCUGUUAGCUACUGCAGCCCAACAGGCCUCCAACUGCCCAUGUCUGUGAAGUGGUGGUCACAGUCCCAGGGGCUUAGAGGCCUACCUCCCCAGUGCCCAGGUGUAUGUGUGUCCAGCCCACUCCCACCUCAGGCCACAGUGCACACCACUGGCCACCUUGUGUCUGCCAGGGCCGGCAUUUGGCCCCCAAGCCUGGUCUGUCUCCACAGGUGCUCCACAGGCCUGGGGCCCAACACCUGAUGCUGAGGUACCUGCUGUGCCCUGCAGAUGCAUCAACAGGCACCUCCUUUCCCUGGCAUCUGCCUGUGGUCUGUGCAGCCCAGAGGCCCCUGGGGAGCUGUUUGCGGCUGGGCCCAGGCGCCCCUCCUUGCCCCAACACAGUGUUCUGCAAGCUAACCUGCACCUGGGCCAGGGACAGUCUUGGACCCGCUGUCCUUGGGCCAGGCCUCUCACACCAGCUCUGUUCUUGGUGGCCUCAGGGACAGUGCACAUAAAAUAGACACACUCCACUGAAGCUUCGGGAUGGACUUGACCCCAGGAAACUGUUACAUGUGGUGGGCCUUCCAGUGUGAAUAAAUCAUGUUUACUGGA